AUGAAUGCGCGGCGCUUUCUCAGGCCGGGGCUGUUGGCACUUUCCUGCGGGCCCAUUGCUUGGGAUAGGAAAGUUAGAGGGCCAGCUCUCUGCGAAACUAAGCUGUCUGGCAAGUUCGUUGCAUUGAACCGCCAUGAGACUGACAGUGUUCAGCUCCCUCCACCUGCCACGGUGACAUUAUACAAGGGUCCAUGCCCCUCAGCAUGGCUGCAUGCCCGCGUGGCCGAGAUCACUGCAGCCAAUCCUUGGCUGGGUGGACGCCUGAGGACGGAUCCGCAGAGCGGGAAAUUAGCCGCGUGGGUGCCUGAUGAACCUCAAGCCGAAGGCGUCGAAGACUUGUUUGAAGUCAUUACUCUCGCAAAUGAAGCGGCAAUAAUGGAGUGCGAGUCCGCGCAAUUCAUUGUCAAAGCAGGCACGGACCAAACGGCCACUGAUGGCACUUCGAUCUGUCGAAUAGCUGUUGUUACCGAGCCAACUCAACAUCUGUGGAAGCUGCAUGUAUCUUUGUCCCAUGCUGUGGCAGACGCCCAGACGCUUUACAUGGUCUACGGAAUGUUGGAUGAACGCGCCGAGGUACGACCGCUGGAAGUCGAGCGGGUGAGUUUCAAUCCAGCUACGUGCUUGGGGCAAGUUCCAUUUCAUGGCAAAUGGCUGUUCUUUGUCGUCAGACGCUUCUGCUUCUUCUUGACAGGUUUGUUCAAGGACACCAGGCAGGCUAGGCCGGUGAUUCGAGUCAGGUAUGUGCGGGAGGAGUGGCUCCGGGACCAGAAAAGCAAGCACAUUGCUGAAGUGGAUGCCAUGUAUGUCUCUUCUAGCGACUUGCUGACAUCAUGGUUCCUUUCGGUGACUCAGCCGGCCUGUGGUGUUAUGGCCAUGGACAUGCGGGAUCGGAUGCCUGGUCUGGGGAAGGCCCAUGCUGGAGUCUACACCACACUCUUAAUGUUCUAUCCUGAGGAGUACAAAUCGGCUGCCAACAUUCGGCGUGCGUUGACGCGACAGUCUCCAGCAUGCAUGCCCGACGGCUCAUGUCAGGCUCCUGGUUCAAGCUCGCGUUUCGCAUUCGUUACUGCUUGGCACUCCAAUUAUUGCGAAGUGGCAUUUAAUGGCUGCACUCAGCUUUCGCACUGUCCGGUAACAUCAGUGUGGAAAGACUAUGACGCUGCGCAGUUUCCCUGUGCAGUGAUUUUUCGACCAAGUGCAGGAACACUCGCAAUGUGCACGGUAUCGGGCGAGGAGCUGCCACCAGGUCCACUGGGGGAGGCCGUGCCGGGCACCGAAACCGCCUCCUAG